AUGGAUUACAAGGAGAUGAAGAAACUCGACGAGGAAUCGCUACAGCAAUUGACGGAAGGUUCAGGACCUACUGACCUAUGUUUAUGCUCCGUAUUGGGGCCAAGAGAUGAUGAGAGAGCUAGUUUAAAGAGCAGCUUGAAGAAGGCAUUCGGUUUCGGUUCUCGCGAUAAAGCCAAAGGAAAUACAGGAAAGAAUAUUGAAUCAUCUUUGUCUUCUUCCAGCGCCCGUGGAAAAGGAUUCAAAGUUACCAAAGAGACUGUUAAACGUUCAAGCGAAUGUGGUAAAUGCGGGUGUGACGAGAAAAACAUAGUUUUGAGACACUCCGAAGCGAACAUCAGGAUCGUGACCCCAGACGUCUCAACGCUAUGCCCCUGCUCUUCGAACUGCUUACCGGGAAAAGAAAAAAUGAGAGACAACAUCAGAGUCAUAAUCGAACCAGUCCAAAUCGAGUUGGAUCAGAGCACGUAUAGCCGUCAUCCAAACGAAGAUAAUUCGAUCAUAAAUCAAUCAAGUUUAGAACGAUUUAAUAUUUCCGAUCACUAG